AUGCGCGGUAACGGCCGUCUUGGGCUUGCUGAGGUCUUUGAUGCCGAGGCGAGAGGCUCCCUAGAGGGUCUGCGUGCUGCGUUGAGCCUCCCGGCUGCAGACCAGAUUGUCGUAUGCCUCGAUAACCUCGCGGUCGCGACGUGUCUUCAAGGCAUGCCGUCAGAUUCCUCCCAGAAGGAGUUCCUGGAAUUCCAGGCCUUGGCCGCAGAACAUGGUGCCACUGAGAUCCGCUGGAUCCCCGGCCACACCAACAUCCCAGGUAACGAGCAGGCAGACGCCUUAGCAAAGGCAGGAACCUCUCAACCCGAGCCUGCAGACGCUCUCCCGACGCUGGCAUAUCUGCGCAAGGUCGCUAGGCAGCGACCAAAAGACGCAUUCAAAGCCUGGUGGGAAGUUUCUGCACCCCAACAGUACAGGGUCCUCGACCUCGAUGCCACGACUGGCUGCCCGCCAGAACUUACCAUUCCACGACCUCUGCUCCACCAUCUGCUCGCAGCAAGAACCCACCACGGGGACUUCGCUGAUUACCACGAAAGAACAAAGCAUCUCUUCUAUUGCCGGAAGAUCGCGCCGCGACAUCGGAUGAGGUUGGCACCCUCACCGAGCGCGGCGGUCAACCGAGCAAUAGGCAGAGACUUCGACCAGUUCGUCAAGGUGGCGAAGGCAAGCUCGUUCUUUGGAACGAUCUGCCCUCGCCACUAG